AAUAUUCAAGAACUAUCUGUAUCUUCCAUUUGGGGUUUGCGUAGACUGACCGACGCAGUGAUAGAAGCUGGCGGCUUCUAUGAGCAGGACGCGGGCAACCUCACCACGGUGCCGGCCUACGCAGCCUUCGGGGCUGGGGCCAGUCCGAACGAUGUUCUCCCAGGUGUGGAUUGGGGCUUCGUAACGGCACCGCAGAAGAGUCUCGGUGGCAGGGCGAUGCAUUACGCCAGGGGCAAAACCCUCGGUGGAAGCUCGCUCCGCAAUUAAUAUUUCACCUACCAUCGGUCUACUGUCGACGCGCUCAACUUGUGGGCUUCGUUGGCCGAUGAUGAGUCUUACAGAUUUGAGCACUUUCUGCCCUACUUCAAGAAAAGUGUUCGUUAUACUCCACCUGAUAACACGGCGCGUCCUAAGAACGCUUCUGCUCCAUCGCCCCCCGAUGCCUUCACUCCUGGGGCGGGACCUCUACAUGUGUCGUUCGCAACUUGGUAUACCUAGUAUGAACACAAUCAACCCCGAUUGGCAGGUCAGGGACACCUCCCAUUCCUCGUCCCUGAAGACCGUAGCCGGAGCGGGUCCAACACGGGUAUAUAACAACACGCUAGCCAAACGCAUCUUGUUCAACAACGACAAGAGAGCAACUGGGGUGCUGGUAAAUACCGACGGGCUUGAGUAUACGAUCUUGGCGGGGAUAGAAGUCAUCCUUUCAUCUGGUGCUUUUCAAUCCCCUCAACUACUCAUGGUGUCCGGGGUGGGGCCAACCGACACUCUUAAGCGGCUCCGUAUUCCUAUUGUGUCGGAGCUGAAAUGUGUCGGCCAGAAUAUGGAGGACCACUUCCUUUUCGACGCUAGCUACGAGGUGAACGUGCCGACGCACGCGGCCGUCAGCAAUCCUGCCUUUCUCGAGGCAGCUAGGGAUGAAUAUAGGUAACACCAACGGCACCGGGAUCUUCAGCAACCCGGGCGGCGAGCUGCUGGCUUGGGAAAGGCUCAAAUGUCCUAACCCCCGCUCUUGUCGCGACGUGAGUGCCGAAAUCCGCAAACACCUCGCUUCCCAGCCAGCCGACUUCCCGACGUUUAAGUUCCUCAUGCUCGAUGCCUACACCGAGCCGGCCAAAUGCUAACGGGUGGCUGCUGUAGGCAAGGCGGGCAACUCGAC